CGCGACGGCGAUCGGUGACGUCAUCAGAGCGCGCCCGCCGCCGGCAGGGCCGCCGCCUGCCGCUCACCCGGGGCUACCAUGUGCCAGGUGGGCGAGGAAUAUGGGGCGCCGGCGCCCGAGGUGCCGCCGCCGCCGCCGCCGCCGCGGGCUGGCCGUGAGCUGAAGUGUGUGAAGUGCUCGGAAGGCCUGCCCGUGGUGGUGAUCCGAGCAGGGGACGCCUUCUGCAGGGACUGUUUCAAGGCGUUCUACGUCCACAAGUUCAGAGCUGUGCUUGGGAAGAACCGGCUGAUCUUUCCAGGAGAGAAGGUGCUCCUGGCAUGGUCUGGGGGGCCUUCGUCUAGCUCCAUGAUCUGGCAGGUCCUUGAGGGCCUGAGUCGAGAUUCUGCCAAAAGACUGCGUUUUGUGCCAGGGGUUGUCUACGUUGAUGAGGGAGCAGCCUGUGGACAGAGCCCGGAGGACAGAGCCAAAACCCUAGCCGAGAUGAAGCUGAUCCUGCAGACAGUCGGUUUUCCCUGGCACAUUGUGGCCUUAGAAGAGGUGUUCGGCCUGCCGCCGUCCGUGCUUCGCCACCUUGCCCAGGAGCCCUCAGGGACCAAGGGGGCCUAUAAGGCAGCUGUGGACAGUUUCCUCCAGCAGCAGCACGCACCAGCCCCAGGGGAGGAGCAGCUGAGCCAGCCUGGCUCCCAGGACCCCCAGGGCCCAGCGGGGCUACCUACAGCUGCCCAGACCGAGGCCCAGGCACCCACAGCUGCCCAGACUGAGGCUUUAUCUAGACUCUUCGACUCAGUGAAGACACUGACAGCCAAGGAGGAGCUUCUUCAGACCCUGCGAACCCACUUGAUUCUGCACGUGGCCCGGACCCAUGGCUACUCCAAGGUGAUGACGGGAGACAGCUGUACCCGCCUGGCCAUCAAGCUCAUGACUAGCCUGGCGCUGGGGAGAGGGGCCUUCCUGGCCUGGGACACGGGCUUCUCUGAUGAGAGGCACGGUGACGUGGUGGUGGUACGGCCCAUGCGCGACCACACACUGAAGGAGGUCGCCUUCUACAACCGCCUGUUUGCUGUGCCCUCUGUCUUCACACCAGCUAUCGACACCAAGGCCCCUGAGAAGGCCAGCAUCCACCGGCUUAUGGAAGCCUUCAUGCUCAGGCUGCAGGCCCAGUUCCCCUCCACAGUCAGCACUGUGUACAGGACGAGUGAGAAGCUGGUUAAGGCCCCAAGGGAUGGCAAUUCUGGUGGCCCCCCAGGUCCCCGCUGCCUGCUCUGCAUGUGUGCACUGGACAUCGACACUGCUGAUAGUGCCACGGCUUUUGGGGCCCAGACCUCACAUCUCUCCCAGAUGCAGCCCCCCACCCCACCAGCUGAGGCACCCACAACACCCUGCUGCUCUGCAGGGGUGGGCAGGGCCCAGGGCUGUUGCCGGGGGGCUGGGCCCUGCAGGAGGGAGGACCCCCGAGCCAGUGUCAUCGAGCAGCUAUGCUACGGGUGCCGUGUGAACAUGAAGGACUUGCCUUCCUUGGACCCCCUGCCACCCUACAUCCUGACUGAGGCCCAGCUCCGUAGCCAGAGGGCCUCGGUCUUGCAGGAGAUACAGGAGUAUCUGAUUGACAGUGAUGAUGAGGUGCAGACCGGUGAGAGCUGAGCCUCAGGAUGGACCCCUGGGACCACCCCGCCUGGACCUCUGCCAUGCUGGAGCAGGACACAGGGAUGGGCAGGCAGCGUGCUGUCAUCCGUUCAUAUAAAUAAAAGUUUUAAUUAAAAAAACUCUACAGUACGUGUGGAGAAAGGAGGGCUGGGCCCCCUGGCCCAGUGUGUCUGGCACUGGGCCCUGCAGGGACAACGGAAAGGGACAGCAGUCCUGUGCUGGGCCGUGGAGGGGCCACAGCUCCCUUCUGACAGCAGCAUCAAGGCUCAGUGGGCCAGGAGGACCUGUCACAGCUGGUGGCCUGGGACUGGAGUAUCUGCUCCUGUGGCCUGAGGAGCACUGCCCUCCUUCCUGGCAGGCCGGCUCCUUCAUUCACGUGCACACGGAGCCUGGCUCCUACUCCUUUUCGCGGGUCCACUUGAUCAUGGUCUCCGGUGAGCGGUAGAGGAAGAUGAGCUUGGCGUAUAGCUCCUCUUCCAGCUCCAGCUCUCGCGUCUCCCGCACCAGGAAGAUGUCCUGGCAGAGCUUGAGGAUUCGGUCCACACACGGCAGCUCCUCGAACAUGAUGGAGUGUGAGAUCUCACUGAAGAAGCCACGCACAAACUUGCCGAUGACCAGCACGAUGGACACAUAGAGCCCCAUGAUCCUGCCAGGCAAGUGCGGGUGAGUCCUGGGGGCUGCUACCCACAGCCGCACCCCAGCCCCCAGGCCCACGGCACUGCACUCACCCGUAGCCAGCCAGGAAGCCCAGGCUGGGUGGGCUGACCUUGUCGUUGAAGAUGACCAUGGGCAGCAGGUUGCAGUCAGCCUGGCAGUCCUGUAGCUCGAUGACCCACCACUCAAGGAAGCCAGCAGCCCCCGAGCCCACACGCUCCCUCCGCAGCUGGAUGCGCACGCCGAGGUAGUCCGCCUCCUCGUCUGGAUCAGAGCGGUGAGACAGUCAGGCCACACCCUCUCCCAGGGCAGAGGCCAUGGCCCAGCACCACCUUCCCCCAAACACACUCACUGGGCUGCAGCUGCUUCACGGGGUUAGCUUCAGGCCCGUUGGGGGCACGGAUGUACUUGGGGAAGAGGUUAGGGAUGACCCUGUGGGGAGGAAUCCAGUGGGUCAGGUCUGGCCCAGCCUUCCUGGUGCCCCCAGGCCCCUUGGUCCCCACUCACACGGACUGGUCCGAGGUGCCCUCCAGCAGGCUGGCCAGCUGCCACCGCUCAGUGCUAUUGGGGGCCAGGUCCAGGGUGUGCUUCUCGUUGGUGUACUCUACAGUGCCUCCCUUGGCCAGGUCCCUGCAAGCAGGGGUGCAGCGUGACCCACCGAAGCGUGUACCCCACCCAGGCCCCAUCCGAGCCCAGGACGCACCUCUGGAAGUUCCAGGUGAAGCGCAGGGUGAUGUCGGCAGUGCCGUUGUACAGCUCCCGCUUCAUCUGGGCCCUGCUUGGCGGGCUGAUGCGCCACAGAGCCCCGGAGCUGCCCUCGAUCUGCGCUGUGACGAUGUCCUCGGGGCCGUACUGGCUGAUGAACUGCAUGGCCAGCUGAGCACAAGACGGCGCCUCAGUGGGGUGAAGCCAGGCCACCCCCCAAAAGCCAUCCCUUCCCCUGCCAGGCAGAUGCAAUGUGGGGGCUGCUCACCGGGUGGGGGUCAAACUGCCUGGACAGCUCCUCAUAGGCCUGUUGUGUAAAGGGCACGAUGGACGGCUGCUGGGCGCUCAUGGUGAACAGGGGCUGAGGGUGAAACAGGGUGACAUGGUGCCGGGGGAGCCUCCCUGACUCCCCAGGUCGCCAGCACGCAGGCCACGCUCUGCAUAGUCCAUGAGGACCAGAAAGGGAGGAGUGGGAAUUGGGGCUGCCUGGCCAGAGCCCUCAGUGUGCGGGCAGAGCUUGCGCCUGCACUGCUUCCCGUGCUGGCGAAGGCAGCUGCUCACCUCGUAGCCCCCCAGCUUGAGGGUGACGGUGACGUCGAUGGGCUGGUUGACAACGCCGACGACAGAGCGCACCAGAGACAUGAAGAGCAGCGGGAACCAGAUGAUGGCCACAAGGAACAGGAUGAUAAGGCCACCCAUGCCAUACUUAACGAUCUUCUUCUUCUUCUGCCCCUUGGGCUGUGGGUAUUUCUGUGGGGGGCCGGUACGGGUCAGCUGCUCAGCGCCACCUUCCCAGUGCCCUGCGGCAGGCCUCCAUCUCUGCUCCCUGCCACAGUGCUGUCUCAGACCCCUCCCUCCCUCUGCUCCCAGAGCUGCCCUCCACACCUCACCUUUCCAUCCUCAAGGCCAUGGUCUUGAGCUCACCCCGUGGACCCAUAAAGCCUUAAUUGAACAUCCAAACUGACUGCAGAGCUAUAGCAGCUAAGUCUGUGGUGCUGGACAGGACAGAGGUCAAUGGAGAGACUCUGAGCCCCCGACAAACCCACACAAGGAGACAGGUGCCAACCUCUCAGUAGGGAAAGGACAGCCUUUUCAAUAAAUGGACCCUUAACUAACACCAUGUGCAAAAAUUAAGACCUAAAUCACUGAAACUUCAGGGCAAAUCUUUGUACCUUAUAUUUGGCAAAAUAUCCUCAGAUCUAAUGCCAAAAGCUCAAGCAACAAAAGCAAAAAUUUAAACUAGACAUCAUGAAAAAUAGACUUGUGUGCUUCUGAGGACACCAUCAAAAAAGGAAAAAGCCAGCCACAGGAUGGAGGAAAUACCAGCAAGUCGCAUCUCUGAUAGUCUGGUAUCCAGAGUGUCCAUGGAACUCUCUCAACUCAAUAAAAGGUAUGAAUGUGCCACCUUUGGUUUACCUAACAGUUGCUUAACCCAAGGAAAAAAUGGGCAAAGGCUCUGAAAAAACACUCUCCACAGAAGGGAGACAUGGCAAAUAAGCACAGGGAAAGGUGCUUACCAUCAGCCAACAGGGAAAUGCAAAGUCAAAACCACAGGGACGGGUAAAAAAAACGCCAGACCAGAAGGGUUUGCGAGGAGGUGGCAGAGCAGUGGGACUGCAGUGGAGCAGUCGCCACGGAAAACAACUCGAGAGUGAAAGCAGGAGUUACCGCAGGGCCCAGCAAGCACAUCCCUAUGUGUCUAUCCAGGAGAAAUGGAAACUUGUGUGUUCAGAGUCUUAUAUGUGAAUAUCCAUAGCAGCAUUUUUUUAUAAUAAAAACAAACCCAAAUGUCUAUCA